AUGCGGCGCGGUCUCGUGAUCUUCCUCCUCGUCAACCUCCUCAUUCUCUCAUUGCUCGUCCGCAGUGUCUCGACGCUUCUGGCACUGCUAGUCGAAGAUGCCGCUGCCGAUGCUAUACACCGCGCGGAGCUGCCUUCGCCGAAUUCGAGCCUGAUCGAGCAACGCCCCCAGAUUAUCCCGAAGAUCAUUCACCAAACCUACAAGAAUGAGACCAUCCCAGAAGUCUGGGUUGAAGCUCAACAGAGUUGCAUUGAUUUGCACCCGGAUUAUGAAUAUAUUCUGUGGACAGACGAGAAAUCGCGCGACUUUAUCGCCGCAGAAUACCCUUGGUUCUUGGAAACAUUUGAUGGCUACAGUUAUCCUAUUCAGCGCGCGGAUUCCAUCCGAUACUUCAUUCUCGCGCACUUCGGUGGAACGUACAUUGAUCUCGACGACGGCUGCAACCGUCGCUUGGAUCCUCUCCUAGCUUAUCCCGCGUGGGUGCGCCGCACCGCACCCACUGGUAUCUCCAAUGAUGCUAUGGGCUCAGUACCCCAGCAUCCAUUCUUCCUCCGUACGAUCGAAGUUCUGCAGCAGUACGAUCGCCAUUGGCUCCUCCCAUACAUCACCGUUAUGUACUCGACCGGACCACUGUUCCUGUCUGUCAUCUGGAAAGAGUACAUGCGCGAUGGACCGAGUGAGGCUGGGCGCGUACGCAUUCUCAUGCAGGACGAGUACAACAAGUUUUCUUGGAGCUUCUUCACCCACCACCGGGGCAACAGCUGGCACGGCAAGGAUGCGCACUUGAUCUUCUGGAUGGGCCAACACUGGGUCUUCCUCACUGUGUGUGGCUUCCUCCUCGCCGGAGUCUUUGGAUUCUGUCUCUGGUGGAGCUACGGACGCGUCAUGCUGCUUGGAGCCAAGUACCGCUACCGCUACUCCAAGAUUCCCAGCAUCAGCCCGUCGCGGGUUUCGACGUCACCAACACGACGCUCGCGACUCUCAGUCCCGACCAUCCUGCGACGUGUCAGCUUCAAAGAAGAUGAAGAGUCAGGCGGGGUCACGGAGACCUCGUACGAAUUUGGACGUCGCGAUGACUAG